UCAAUUAGUAGCCUAAUGUUUGCCAGCAGCAUUAAAUUCUCGCAUUCAAGUUUUGUUUUCACUCGCAAUCAGGCAGUUGGAGAAGUUGGUGAAGAUGCCGCGCUUGCGCAAUUAUUCUAAACCUAUAAUUUUUGGCAUCAUUAAUUGGUUGAUAUUGGUUAUUCACUUGUUUUUGCCAGUCGACGCCUGCCAUAACAGUCAAGAGUGUUACACACCGCAAAACUAUAAGGGAUAUUAUUAUACACCUGAGACAUUUCUAACCCUUACUGAUAGUCAGAAGUCCAAUUGCGAGGGUAAUUGUGUUGAUAACAACGUGACGCUGAUUUGUUGUACUUUCAAUGAUCAACCACAAAAAUAUCGCUUACUCUAUCAAUGUAUGUAUAUACCCUGCUUAGACGCUCAUUUACCGUAUGGAUUUAUUACAUUUGGCGAAGUGGCCAAGCCAAAUGAGUUUCCAUUUAUGGCUGCUUUGGGCUGGCGUUUCACCAAAGAGGAUGGUACAGAGAGCAUAGCUUAUAGGUGCGGUGGCACUUUGAUCGGCAGCAGAUAUCUACUAACAGCGGCCCACUGCUUCUAUCAUUCCAGUGACCUCCCAGUUGUGGUGCGUCCAGGUGGUUACGACCUAAAUAGCACCACAGCGACUGAUUAUGAUAUCGACCAGAUUAUUGAACAUCCCAACUACAUAUAUCCUGGUUUAUACAAUGACAUAGCAAUUGUUCGUAUGGCGAAAGCAUAUUUUAGCUACACGCCGAUUGUUGCUAGAGCAUGCGUGUGGUAUAGCCCACUGGCCGAGCAGGAAGUCACUGCCAUAGGCUACGGCAAUACGCAGUUUGCCGGAACCUCUUCGCCACUGCUAUUAAAAACUAGUUUAUCAAUCAUAUCCAAUGAGGAGUGUAAUCAACAUUAUGAACAGGAUGAUGAAGUGCUCAGCUCUGGUGUAAUCUCUACACAAUUAUGCGCAAAAGAUUAUGAAAAGCUGCGUGAUACUUGUCAGGGAGAUUCUGGCGGUCCUUUGAUCGUGUAUGAAAAAAUCGAAGGUUACACUCGUAUGGCUUAUAUUGUGGGUAUUACGUCGUUUGGAAUUGGCUGCGGCACCGGUUUCCCGGGCAUUUACACACGUAUUUCAGAUUAUUUUGAUUGGAUUGAGGAAACGAUUUUUAAAAACAAGUUUGCUGGUCCUUGCGAUCAGAUGCGCUGCGCUCGCUUGGAGUUGAAGCGAAAAUCGAAGGAAAACGCUUGCAAAAUGCAUAAGCCAGAGUCUUUUACACAGCUUUUCAGCUUAUUAGCAGGAGCACAAUUGCUGCUUAUAGCAGUUAAUAUACGCUUAGCAGUCGCUUGCCACGAGGAUCAGCCUUGUUUAACACCACGAAACCGGCUUGGCAGCUAUGUAACACACGCUAAUUACCUCAAGUUGACCAAGGAGUUGCAACAAUUAUGUUUGGGUGUGUGCAGUUACAAUGGAACAACACAAUUUCUAUGCUGCCCUUCGCUAGAUGUGCCCUCAGACAAAAGAAUAUCGCAAACUCAAUGUGAGCGAGAUCACCGAAAAUUCUCUUUCAUAUUUAUCACAAAUGGCAUGCCUGCGAGGGAAAAUGAAUUUCCGUUUAUGGCCGCCAUAGGUUGGCGCUCUACCUUUGGCAGCAGUGACAUAACAUACAGAUGUGGUGGUGCUUUGAUCACCAGUCGGCACUUGCUAACUGCGGCGCAUUGCCUUUACCAUUCGGAUGAACCGCCAAUUGUGGUGCGCCCAGGUGGUUUCGAUUUAGAUGAUACUGAGGCGAGGGACAUUGAAAUCGAUCAAAUCCACAUGCACCCAGGGUAUCAAUAUCCGGGUGUUUACAAUGACAUUGCAAUUCUACUGUUGAAAGAGGAAUACUACGCCGGCAGAUCCGUUAACUCUGGACCAGCAUGCUUGUGGGCAAAACCAUUGCAGGCUGCAAAUGUUACGGCUAUCGGUUAUGGUAAUACACAAUUCGCCGGUUUAUCAUCGUCAAAAUUAAUGAAGGCCGAGCUGAGUAUUCUACCAAAUCAAAAAUGCGCCGAAUAUUAUGAAGAAGACGGCAUUAUAUUCUCGCAAUUGUGUGCAAAUGACCCGAUAAAAAGGGGUGAUACGUGUCAGGGUGACUCCGGCGGCCCUAUUAUAAUGUACCGUAAUAUCGGCAAGAAUUAUUUUAAUGUGCCCUACAUAGUUGGUAUCACCUCUUUCGGCAUUGGUUGCGGCACUGGAGCGCCAGGCGUGUACACGCGCGUCGCCAGUUAUAUAGACUGGAUUGAGAAAUGCAGAUUUUGUAUUCCGCCAGCAUUAUUGCUUUACUUUUCGUACACUUUUCGAGUCUGGGUAAUUAGAAAAUUUAUAUUAAAGCUUUAUUUUGCAAAUCCAUUAGUGUCGUAUGAUUUUUGUGACCCCACAGUGAUGGGCUGUUAUGAACACCAAAGCUGUCUAACCACACGAAACCGGCUUGGCUCCUAUGUGACGCGCGAUGUGUAUCGUCAAAUGGCGAAGGAAUCACAAGACAUAUGUUUGGGUGCCUGUAAUUACAACAAAAGUACACAACUGAUUUGUUGUGCAUAUCGGGAUGAGCCGGCGGACAGAAGAAUAUCGCAUAUUCGUGAGUGUUAUACGGGCAAUAUUUCUGUGAAAAUAUUCUUAUUUGUUGUAUUCGUGUUUGCAAAUGUAUAUUUUAACAUACUAAUUGCAACUUUCACUCAACUUUCAACUCUAGAAUGUGACAUAGAUCACACGAGAUAUCACCUAAUAUUCCAUGGCAAACUGGCAGAGCGAAAUGAGUUCCCUUUUAUGGGCGCCAUUGGUUGGCGUGACUUGUUUGCGGUCAACAGGACAACUUACAAAUGUGGCGGCGCUUUAAUCGAUCGAAGAUAUCUGCUGACAGCUGCGCACUGCCUUUUUCAUUCAAAUGAGCCCCCCAUUGUGGUGCGUCCUGGCGGUUUCAACCUAACCGAUGCGCAUGCAAAGGAUUUCGAAAUCGAUGAAAUUUACAUACAUCCUGGCUAUGAAUAUCCGAGCGCCUACAACGAUAUUGCAAUUAUACGCAUGAAGGAGCCAUAUUAUGCCGAGAGUUUCGAAAACACUGGUCCGGCCUGCACUUGGGCACUACCCUUAUUUGCAGCAAAUGUUACAGCUAUCGGCUAUGGAAGCACACGAUUUGCCGGUUUAGCAUCGGACUCUUUAAUGAAGACGAACCUUACAAUUUUGACUAAUGAAGAAUGUGGGUAAUACUAUGAGCAAGAUGACGAUUUGCUCUAUCAUGGUAUUAUACAUUCGCAGUUGUGUGCAAACGAUACGGUUGGAAUGAGCGACACCUGCCAGGGCGACUCUGGCGGACCCAUCAUAAUGUACCGUACUGAUGAUGAUGAGAAUGAGGGUUAUUUUUACGAAAUGCCCUACGUGGUUGGCAUCACCUCAUUCGGCAACGGUUGUGGUUCUGGGGUGCCGGGGGUGUACACGCGUGUCGCCAGCUAUAUAGACUGGAUUGAGAAAAUCGUAUACUGA